AUGACGUUAUGUUAAUACCAGACAUUGAAAUGUCUUUUAUUUUUUAAUUAUAAUUAAUGUUUUGUUACAUUCAUAUCAUAUGAAUACUUGAUUUUAUUUAAUUAAUUAAUUUAAUUACCGAUUAAUAUAAUUAGUGUCCAAAAAAAAAAUAAAAUUAUGAGUGAUUGCGAUGAUAGCGAUUGCGACUGUCAUUUGGUGACCACUGUCGGCUCGGAAGUCAAACUCCGAUGCAAAGGCGUUAAGCGACGCAAACAUGUCCUCAGCGAAGAACAAUAUGUCCAACAGAUUGACGAUAUUAUUGAAAGAGAUUUUUUCCCAGAUUUACCACAAAUGAGACAACAGUUGGUAAUUGGUGGCACCGAUGCCGCGGCUGCGGCGGCGGCUAUAAGUGCACGCAAUGAAUUAGCCACCAAAGCUACGGCGGCAGCAGCGGCAGCGAAGAUGGCCGCAGCAGCGGUGGCGGCGCCCAUAACACAAACUCCAUCGACAUUUGAGACGCCGAUACGGGACGUCAAUGAUAAUAAUAAAGAUAUGUUUGGAGAUGAGAUGUCUGUAGAAGAACAACGAAAAAGUGAAGGAAAGUAUGGUUUGGAUGAGUUUCUCAAUAAGUAUACCUCCGAAGACAAUGCAUCGUUCGAGACAAUCCAAGAACAUGCGGCCCGAAGACAUCGUCUUAAAUAUGAAUGGCUUUACAAAGACAAUGCCGAACAUAAUGAACGAGUCAAAGAACUAUUACAAUUGCCAUCGAUUGAAAAGCAAGCAAUUGAAGACAAAAAGUCGUCCAGUGAAGUGAUAACAUGGAUCUACUCGAACCGUAACAGUGUUAUGUAUAAUCCGGGUCACGCACCAGUUAAACGUGACGAUAUAUUGUUGGCCAACACUAAGCGCCAGGAAGUAAAUCAUUUGAACACACGUUUCACUAGAUUGCCGUUCAACGAAUCGGUCAAUCAAAUGACAAUAGCAUUGGCCGCACAAAUCAAUCACCGACAACGCACUGGCAAAGUCGGUAUCGACGGCAAAGAAAUGAUGGCCAAAGCGACGCCGCAAAUAAAUGGCUUCAAUUUUGUUCCGUCAACUCCGACACCGAAUCCCGAUUUGUGCAGCGAAUCACCGCUAAUGACUUGGGGUGAGAUCGAGACGACACCAUUCAUACUAUCAUCGGCUGGCAAUACACCGUUGCAUUUAUCACACGAUGCGGCGGCGCCCCUAACACCGGGUAGAUCUCAUUUUAAAAUACCCGAUUUACGGCACCGGGAAAAACUUGGCUUAUCAUUGGCCACAAAAGCGGCUCAACAGCAUAGAGAUAGUAAAAAGUCGGCCAUCAAACGGGUUCAAUCAUCGUUGACGAGUGUUGCGUCGUCGUCGUCGUCGAAGACAUCGUUUGAAAAGUUAUCCAAUAUGUCAGCGGCGGCCCAAAGAUUAGCCACCAAUAAAUUAGGUCUUCACAAGAAUGUCGAUUCAACACUAAUGGCCAGCUAUUCGCCGGCCAGAAAUAGUCCCAAUAGGACUCCGUUGCGUACACCGACCAGUGGUGGUGGUAGUAGUAGUAGUGGUCGUUACUCGACAUCCAGAUCAGCGACAUUUGAGUCUCCAAUAACACCAAUAUUGGGCUUAAAUAACAAAAGUGUUAAAAAUAAAUAA